AUGUUAGACAGACCGUGCGCCGUCAGAACUAUCCCUAAGGAGUCCGUGGUGUGUGUGUGCAACGCGACUUACUGUGAUGAAAUCAAGAGGGAGAUUCCUAAAGAGGAUUUCUAUGUCAUAUAUACAUCGUCACAGAGUGGUCUACGGUUCCAUAAAUCUUAUGGAAAGUGGAAAAACUCUGCUUCACAUUACCCAACGUUGGAAAUUGAUCCAACGAUAAAAUAUCAGACGAUCGAGGGUUUUGGGGGAUCGGUGACAGAUGCUGCUAGCAUCACCUGGAGAAGUUUAUCAGAGAAGUCACAAAGAAAACUUAUAAAAGCGUAUUUCAGUAAAAAUGGAUUGGAAUAUAAUAUGGUUAGGACCCCGAUAGGAGCAUCAGACUUUUCAACGCACGCGUACGCUUACAACGACUUUCCCGAGAACGACACUCUUCUCACAAAUUUCACCCUCACUCCUGAAGAUAUUAUGUACAAAAUUCCAAUGAUAAAAGCUAUAAUGAAGACGUCUUUAACGCCUGUACAUAUCAUGGCCGCGACCUGGUCUCCGCCGAAGUGGAUGAAGACUCGGUACACCUACGGUGGUAUAAAUAGAUUAAAGAAAAGCUAUUACCAAACUUACGCUGAUUAUCAUUUGAAAUUUCUCCAGCGGUACAAGGAAGCAGGGGUUCCGAUAUGGGCUCUCACGACUACCAACGAACCUAUCAACGGAGUCUUCAAUCUUAUAGGAUUUAAUUGUCUCGGCUGGGAUAUUAAUGAUAUGGGAGAAUGGAUUGUAAAUAAUUUCGGACCGACCAUCCGUAAUUCAGAAUUCAAAGAUAUUAAAAUCAUCGGUGCCGACGACCAGAGGUUCACGGUGCCUUACUGGAUUGACAUGAUGCAGUACACCCAUCCUAAAGCUCUGGAGUACAUCGAUGGAAUCGGAGUUCACUUCUAUACUGAUGAAAUUAUACCAGCCAGUGUCUUCGUACCUGUCUCUCGUCAAUAUCCUGAUAAAUUUAUUAUAUCUACUGAAGCUUGCGAAGGUAGUCAGCACAGACAAAGACACAGAGUAUUACUAGGUUCCUGGCAUCGAGCCAAUUCAUAUAUAACAGAUAUUAUAGAGGAUUUGAAUUAUAACUUAACUGGAUGGAUUGAUUGGAAUCUGUGUCUCGACCCUCGCGGUGGACCAAACUGGGCAAAUAACUUUGCUGAUGCUGCUAUCAUUGUGAACAAAACAAAUGACGAAUUCAUUAAACAGCCCAUGUUCUAUGCGAUGGGACAUUUCUCAAAGUUUAUUCCUCGGGGUUCCAGAAGAAUAAAGAUUGUUGGAAAUGAAUCAACGUCUAAAUUGCCUUUAAACCAUGUUGCCUUCGUAACACCAAGAGAAACAAUCGUUAUUGUACUUCAUAACGAGUAA